AUGAAGGUUUCAUUCGUUAUUUCAAUACUCUCAGUCGGUUUGGCCGUCCAAGCCUGCGACCACUACAAGAUUUGCACCUGCACGAACGAAGACGGCAGUAGAAAUGACGACUUGACUGCCACUGUGCGUGCCUCGUCCAUCACCAUCUCCGGUCUUCUGGGCCUUGGUGCUACAGCUACCAGCUUCACCUCCACCGGCACUCCCGACGGCGGCUUCAGCAUCCCCGAUGACAUCCCUGACGGUGUCUACUCGGUCUCCUACGACGACUCCGGUCUGGCCGUGCACACGGCCAUCGAGGAUCUAGAGGUUCGUGACAUCGGCGCCGUUCCCUCCAUCGAGACGCGCGAUGGUGCCGGUGGUGCUACGCUUGGCAAGCGUGACUGA